AUGCUUCAUUCUUCAAAAUUCCCCUUGCAUAUACUCUGGUUACCUCUCUCUCUCCCACAUCACCCAUGCCGCCUCCCCUGCCGUCCGCCAGACAGUGUGUACGCGGUGGCGUGCAGCCCUCUCCCGGGCGGCAGAGUGGCGUCGGGUGGCGGGGAUGACGUGGCGUACCUGUGGACCAUAGGGCAGGCGGAGGACCCCGUCAAGCUGGAAGGGCACAGGGACAGCAUAGCAGCGGUGGAGUUCAGUGGGGAUGGGCGGUGGGUGGCGACAGCGGGGAUGGACGGAGUGGUCAUGCUGUGGGACGCCGACACGGGGUACAGGCGCCACCGCCUCGAGGGGCCCGGGGAGGCCAUCGAGGUGCGCAUGGCUGCCACGGCACGGCACGGCCCUCGCCCUCGCCCUCGCCUUCCUCUGCCAUGCUCACCCCAGCGCUGUCUGGUCAUUGCCCUGGUUGCUGUGCCUGCUGUGGGCGGUCGCAGCUCUCUCACCUUCCUCUCCACCCAUAUUCUACCCUUUCCUGACCUGGCAUCCACGGGGAGCGGUGGUACUGGCGGGGUCGGAGGAUCUAACAGCGUGGAUGUGGAAUGCGGAGACGGGGGCGUGCAUGGCCGUCUUCACCGGGCACAGCGCAGGGGUCACCUGUGGGGCCUUCUCGCCCGAUGGUACGCGAUCCUGCUUCCUCUGCUCUUCAUGCCUGCACUGUGGUGUGGACGAGGGCGGGCGGUGUGGACGGGGUCAACGGACGGGUCGGUGCGCUGCUGGGACCCGCGCUCUGCCGCCACCACCGCCACCCUCCAAGGACCAUUGUUCCACAGCGACGCCAUCACGUGUCUGGCCAUGGCGCCUCAGGGCGCAGUGGGCGCUGCUGGCUCCUCCGACCACACCACCGCCCUCUUUGGCCUGCACCAGCCCAAGGUAGGGCAGCUGCCGGCACAUCUUCUCAUUCCUCUCUUCUCAUUCCUCUCUUCUCAUUCCUCUCUUCUCAUUCCUCUCUUCUCAUUCCUCUCUUCUCAUUCCUCUCUUCUCAUUCCUCUCUUCUCAUUCCUCUCUUCUCAUUCCUCUCUUCUCAUUCCUCUCUUCUCAUUCCUCUCUUCUCAUUCCUCUCUUCUCAUUCCUCUCUUCUCAUGCCUCUCUUCUCGCAUCAAUCAUCUGCCACGUGGCUGGGUGCAUGGCAUGUGGGAGGGGCGUGCAUGGCAUGGCAUGGUUGGGCAGGUGUUAGGGAAGCUGGAGGGGCACACGGACUCGGUGGAGGCGGUGGUCUUCAACCCCCUGGGGCCAACGGUGGCAACGGCAUCACUGGACGGCUCAGUGCGCAUAUUUGACAUCAACUCGCUGCAGCUGCGCUCCACCUGCACUCACCAGGACGAGGUGGUGCAGAUGGCGUGGGCGCCCGCAGCACCACUGCUCGUGACGGCGACGGCAGACGGAGCAGUGCACGUGUGGGAUGCGCGCACGGGGGCCAUUCAGAGGACCCUGCGCGGCAACCGUGAUGCCGUGGUCUCCCUUGCCCUCACCCCCGACGCGGCCUUUGCGGUGACGGGGUCGGACGACCACACGGCUCGUGUCUUCCAGCUCUAG